GUGGUGGGGUGCUGAGGGAGGGCGGUAGUAGUAGUGGUGGUAGUGUCAGGUAUGGCUUCGAUCGUGAAGAAAAUCAUCAGCACCGCUAAGGCUCCCGCCGCGCUGGGGCCCUACAGCCAAGCAGUGCUGGUAGACCGGACAAUGUACAUUGCGGGACAGAUAGGUAUAGAACCUUCCACUGGGCAGCUUGUCUCUGGAGGGGCAAAGGAAGAAGCUAAGCAGGCUCUAAAAAACAUGGGAGAAAUCCUGAAAGCUGCAGGCUGUGACUACGGGAAUGUUGUGAAGACUACAGUUUUGAUGGCAGAUAUGAAGGACUUCAAUGAUAUUAAUGAUAUUUACAAGCAGUUUUUCAAGACAAACUUCCCAGCCAGAGCAGCCUAUCAGGUUGCUGCUUUGCCCAAAGGUGCCCGAGUUGAGAUUGAAGCCGUUGCCAUUCAGGGACCUCUCCAAGAUGCUUCAGCCUGACUAUAAUAGAGACUAAUUAUUCUACAAAGGCAGCAUUAGAUUUAAUACUUUUCCCUUCCAUGAUAUUUCUACAGUUGACUACCAGCAGUCACACAAUUGAAAUCAGUAAACUUCAUAGAAUCAGCUAGGUUGGAAAAGACCUUUAAGAUCAUUCAGUCUAGCCAUUAUCCCACGACUGCCAAGUUCACUACUAAACCAUAUCACCAUCUAAGCAUUUUUUGAAUACUUCCAGCGAUGGUGAUUCCACUGCUUCCCUGGGCAGCCUGUUCAAUGCACAGUCACCCUCUCUGUGAAGAAAUUUUUCCUAAUAUCCAGUCUAAAUCUCCCCUGGUGCGGCUUGAGGCCAUUACCUUUUGUCCUAUUGCAUCUUACUUAGGAGACCAGCCACCUCCUCUCCAUCCUCCUUUCAGGAGCAAUAAGGUCCCCUCUGAGCCUUCUCCAGAAUAAACAACCCCAGUUCCCUCAGCCUUUCCUCAUCAGACUUGUGCUCCAGACCCUUCACCAGCUUUGUUGCCCUUCUCUGGACCUGCUCCAGCACCUCAAUGUCUGUCUUUUAGUGAGAGGCUUAGAACUGAACACAGGAUUUGAGAUGCAGCCUCAGCAGUGCCAAGUAAAGGGUGACAAUCACUUUCCUGGUCCUGCAGGCCACACUAUUGCCGGUACAGGCCAGGAUGCCUUCGGCCUUCUUGGCUGCCUGGGCACACUGAUGGCUCAUGUUCAGCAGCCAUCAGUCAGCACCCUCCAGGUCCUUUUCAGAUGAGUUUUCCAGCCACUCUUCCCCAAGCCUGUAGCAUUGCAUGGGGUUGUUGUGGCCCAAGUGCAGGACCCAGCACUUUGCCUUGUUGAACCUCGUACAAUAGCCCAUUGACGCAGCCUGUCCAGAACUUACCAAGGAGAGGUGCUUUCCUCUGGACUGUGGCCUUGAAUCCUGUAAAAUACACACUUACAGCGAGUUGUCUGCCAGCAAACCCUGAAACCUCCAGGAGUCCUGCUAAAAUGAGCUGAGCUUGAUUGCAGGACAGGGCCCUUACUUUAUGAUGGUCACUGGAUAUUCAGGUAUUAAAAUGCACAUCUGGAUGAAUGGAUGACAAUUAUAGUAUGACUGAUCUGAACAUGGGAAACUAACGACUUGUAAUAGAAGGGUUUCAGUAACAAUUUUAAAUAGGAAAGAAAAUUACAGAAAUGGGAAAACAACGCUUGAAUUGCUUAGCGUACAUCUUCAUUUUUGGGUAAUUAUUCUGUAUUUGUUUAUCAACUGGCUUGAACUCUUCACAGAAUAGAUUACUAUUGAGAUUCAUAUUUUCUUCAUAUGGAAGCAAUUGGUUAAAUUGGUUGAAGUUAAUAACAGCUUCAGGAAAUAAGGCAAUUAUGCUUUUCUGAAGUGCUAACUUUAUAAAUUAGCUGUAGUUAUCUGCCUGUAACCUUUUUCAUAGCAGUUCAACUUUGACUGUCUUUUGAUUUAAAACAAAACACUAAAAAAAAACAUUGUUUAAUGAGAAUAAAUUAUAAUCAUCUCUCAAAA